AUGGCGACGGCGGGGAGCGGGAGGGGCUUCUUGUCGGACGCCAAGCAGGAGCAGAAGCGCAGACGCAUUUUCCCGUGGAUGCAAGAGUGCAGACGUGAGGAGCAGAAAGUCCACAGCACGCUCGCAGACAGGCCCACGGUCGGCACCGAGGGACUCAGCUCCACCCCCACGGCAUGCAAGCGCACGCGCACGGCGUACACGAGCGCGCAGCUGGUGGAGCUGGAGAAGGAGUUCCACUUCAGCCGCUACCUGUGCAGGCCCAGGAGGGUGGAGAUGGCGGGCCUGCUCAACCUGCAGGAGCGGCAGAUCAAGAUCUGGUUCCAGAACCGCAGGAUGAAGCAGAAGAAGGACGAGAGGGCGCAUGCGCAGCAGCAUCAGCAGGGCCUGGCCCCGGCCUCCCCGGGCAGCCCCACUCUGUCCAGCCUGGGUUAUGUGCACGUCGGCGGGCGGGACUACCAGCCGGCCCCGCGGAGCUACCGGGCCGAAUGCCCCGAGUAUCGCACCGUCAGCUCCGUGCACGAGCCGCGGUUUGACGUGCACUACCACACGGCGCAGGCGCAGGAUGCAGGCGAGGAUUUCCUGGCUUUUUUCUCCCAAACCCCUCAGGACAGAAUCACGCGAGCGCCAAAACUGACACAUUUGUAG